ACUUUGGCUCCGCCCCCCCUCCGGCUUCUCCCUCUCUCUGUGUGUAUGUAUAUAUAUUAAAAAACGCUGAAGUUUAACCUCCUUGCAAAUACACACAGCGGCGCCUGAGAGGGUUCGGCUGGGAGCCGGAGAAAGAGGAGGCGGAGGAGCAGCAGCAGCAGCAGCAGCAGCCGCCGGAGGGACCCGCCGCUUGGAAUUGAUGCGGCCGGGCUGGGGGUGCCUUUGCAAGCGCGGCGGGCAGGCUGGCCAGCUCGCUCGUGGGAAUAGCAGCCGCGUGUAAGGAAGGAAAUAAAGAGGAGCCGCCGCCGCCGCUUUCCUCCUUCUGCCGAGGUGACUUUUCCAGCCGGGCCAUUUGCGAGUUUGCAGCCUUCCCUUCGGAUCGCCGCCUUUGGGGUAUGUAGCCGAGGAGGGAGCCGAGCAAACCACGGCGGGGAAAGGAGGGUGACAUUGGGCGUCGAGAGGCUCCGCAGAAACGGCCGCGAUCUGAAAACUAUUAUUAUUUAUUUUUGCAUUGCCUGCCGUUCGUCAGGGUGGCCAGGAAAACGGGCUUUUUUCCUUCUCCUUUCCAGCCUCAGCACCACCCCGAGCCCUCAUUUGCGCGGAGCGCUCCUUCGGCGGCAUUGUCUUUUGCUCGGGAGCAGGCAGGGAAGGGUUAAACUUCUGUGUUCAAAGUGCUGAUCUUUGUGCUGGCGGAAUGUGCCGGGGCGGGAGCUGCCUGGAGCCGGCAAAGGGGAGGAGGAGGAGGAGGGAGAGAAAAAGAGAGGGAAGCGGGGAGGGGGGUUGGCCAUGGGAAGCGGGUUAGGGAACGGGCGCGCUGCUCCUUGCAUUCUGCGAGGCCGGGUUCUGCGAUCCGACGGCGUCGGGGAGGUUGCAACAGACUUCUUAUUUCCAUGCACAAGGUCGCCUUCGUUUAUCCGGAUGUAAAACCCAUUGCAUAAAUGCUCUGUUCGCUGCCAGCGGCCUGCUUUCGUAUUUGCAAGCUGCUUAAGGUGUCCCGGGGUUGGGCAGGAAUGACAAAUCGGUGACUUGGGGAGGGUGGCGAGGUAACCAACCUCGAUUUCAUUGCCUACUGAGCUUGCAGCGUCCUUAAGCGGAUCUUCAUCCUCCCGGGCGGUAGGGGGCAGCAUUGUCGUUCCCCUGUCGCUCCUCUAGGGGGCGCCGUGGAGCCUCGGCUUGGGUUAAGAGGGCCACCAGCUUAGAUCUGUUUUUAUAAGGGGGUUGGAUGAGUGCAUGCCUGGCCAGUCUGUUAGGAUAGGGCAAUGCAUCCUGAUAUCAGAUCCUGUUGGCUGAGUAUAUGUCAGCUGGGAAGUAAAGGGGGGGGCCAUCGGUGGAGGUACUUGUUUCUACAUACUUGGAGAACAGAAUUUUAAAACCUCAGCCUAAGAGUUGUGGAUUGAAAGGGGAAGGGGUGUAUGCUGUGAGCUUAAGCACCCAUUAUUGCACUUUCAAGAACCAUGAUACAUACAAAAGGAUUUAGGUUGACAGCCCAAACUUUGUCCCUGAAGCACUAGAUAGCCUUGCGGGGAAAAGCCAUGGGAAGAAGAGUCGUCCCCCCUCUCCGCACACACGCUUUCUUUUCCUUUUCCUCCCCCUGGGAGGCCUAGGCAGAACUACAUAACCUUUGCUCCAGGGUGACACUGGUGCCCAUGUCGGGACUAUUUGUUGGGUGGCGACCAUACGCUGCAACAUCAUGUUGCAGUUCCCCACUCCGGCCCAUAUGGAGCCUCCAUGUUCAGGGGCAAUAUAUCUAGGAAUUACCAGUUCCUUGGGAGCAGCAGCAACAAGGAGAGGGUUGUGUUAAACAGGCUGUGUUUAACAGCCUUUUGGAGGCAUUUGAUUGGCUGCUGUGACAAACGGGCUGUUGCAUUUGUCCUGGCCCAGGAAGGGCUUUGUGGUCUCUUGUGUCCUUGGAUGUGUGUCCCCUUCUCAGCUGGCCAUGUUUGUUGGACAGCUCUGCCUUAGUGGACACUCUAGCUGCCUCCCACUAUAAACUUUUCCUCCACCCCCAAAGCCUCUCUACCACAUGACCUGUUAGGGAAGGGGGAGUCGCUGCCAUCUGCCACUGUAGAUAAGAGUGAGGUUGUAAUUCUAUAUGUGCAUGCGCGCACACACAAAGCACAGUUUCCUUCAGUGCGUUGGCUCUAGGCCGUUGCCCUAGCCUUGAUGGGCACAACCUGGGUCCAGCCAGAGGUUGGCACACUUAAUGCUCCUAUCACCCCAGCCAUUGGGCCAUUCUGACAGGCUGAUGAGAAUUUGGGGGCGGGGGCAGGAGUACAGGGAGGGUCACACAUUCUCCACCCUGGCUUUAGAACAGUGUUUCCAAAACUUGAGUCUCCAUCUGUUUUUGGACUACAACUCCCAUCAUCCCGAGCUAGUAAGACCAGUGAUCAUGGAUGAUGGGAAUUGUAGUUCAGGGGGAAACAGCUAGUGAGUCAAGUUUAGGAAACACUGUUUUAGAGAAACAAUAUGUGCCUGUUAACUCGCAAACCAGGUUUGCCUCUCCGCUGAGUUCUUGGCCCAGCCUACCUUGCAGGGUGGUUGAGAGGAUGAAUGGUGCAGAAACCGUGAGUGUGUCACUGUGAAACACCUUGUCGAAAAGAUGUCUACAAAAUAUAACUUCUGGAGCAGGGGAAGGGGGCACUUGGGAGCCCCAUACCCUCUAGAAUGGGGCAGCCCAACUUUUCACACCAAGUGGCUGCAAGAGUACUUCUCUCGGGCAGGGGAAACGAGGCAAAAAUUUGACAACAAACACCCCCCCCCCCGCUGCCUUCCCAAGGCUCUGGCAGGAUCCCACCUCCUUCCCAAAUGUGGGAAAGUGCUAAGGAGGCUUUGGGAAGGAGGCAGGAAUACUCUAGGACUAUGUCAGAGCCUCACACCGCCUUUCCAAAGCCCAUUUCCUUGCUUAUCAGCUUUGGGAAGGAGGCACGAAGGCUGGGGGCUGCCAAAAAAGGCCUUGACCAUCCCACUCUAGACUCAUGUGUUGCUAUCCCAGGAGCAGGCUUGCUUAUGUCGUGGCAGCAGUGUUAGAAACUCGGGUAUAUAAACUAGGCGCCAAAUGGCCCCUUAAACCACAGUUACAGUCGCCAAAACAGAAUGUCUAGUCGCCAUUUUUGGGGAGGCGCCUCUAAAGUCUUAAUUUUCAAAUGAUGGGCUGGCUGACUGCGAUUGAUUCUCAGUUGAACAUCUGGCUAGUUCAGAGGACAACCUUGAGCUAGGUUAAUAAUUUGGAGAACUUAAAGAAGAAAAGUCACUUGAUCCAGGGACAGUCCACAUAUAUCGGCCUAUUCCGACCUCUUUUUCUUAACGGUGACUGCUGCUGCUCUGGCUGCACAGAAAAAGCGUUCGGGGUUCCUGAAAUUCAUUCCAGUUGUGCAGGUUUAAAAGAUAACAACUAAGAGAAUCCUAUAGGAUGUGGUGUUAGCGUGUGAUCCCCGGGCACGCACCUUUCCAGGUGGCAGAGAUAUCAGGUGCUGUCCUGGCUCCAAGCAUUUUCACUUGGUCGCAAGCGGUUGAUUGCCAGGGUGCAAAAUGCGCCUGGCUAAUUUCAAACACUGCCUGGUCUUUGGGGGGGACGGGACCCUGUGCUGCCUUGUACGUGACCCUCCUCCUCUUGUCUUCCAGUGCCCAGCUUGCGAUGGCUGACCACAUGAUGAUGUCGAUGAGCCACGGGGUGAACGGGAUGCAGGGCUACCGGAUAGGCAUGAACGGGAUGCAAGGUCCUCCGCAGCAGCAGCAGCAGCACGUGCUAAGGACGCUCCCCGCCAACCACCAGAUGAUGCAGUACGGAGGCCCUGCCCUGGACGGAGGCAUGAGGCAGAGGCCCAGCAUCAAUGGACAGAUGGGUCACCACCAGGUCCCAGGCGCCAUGAUGUUCAGCAAUCCGAGCCAGCAGCAGCAGCAGCAGCAACAACAACACCACCAGCAGCAGCAGCAACAGCAGCAGCAACAGCAACAAUACUUGGGACCGGUGGGCACUCAGCAGCUCAUGGCUAGCAUGCACUUGCAGAAACUGAACACGCAAUACCAGGGCCACCCCCUCAUGGGCAUGAGCAACGGGCCCAUUGGGGCAGGGGUGCCGCAAUACAGGAUGGGACCCGGGCAGCACCUGGGGAUGCAGCACCUGCCCUCUCCGGCCCUGACCUUGAACGUUAUGGACACGGAUCCCAUCGACGAAGAGGUCUUGACGUCUCUGGUCAUGGAGCUGGGCUUGGACCGGGUUCAGGAGCUGCCUGAACUCUUUCUGGGACAGAACGAGUUUGACUUCAUCUCGGACUUUGUCAGCAAACAGCAGACCAGCGCCAUCAGCUGUUGAGGUGGCUGUGCUGUGGAAGCUGGCGCUUCUCUUUGUGGCUUGAUCUCCACCACCACCACACACCCCUACUUCCUGAUCUUCCCCCUGCACAGAUCUACAGGCUUUCCCAGGUCACCCUUGCCCCACCUCCUGGAAAUAACAAUGGACAAUCAUUUGGAGGCUUCCCCCUCCCCCCGCCCUCUUUUUUGCUUUGCACUGUCGUGCUCCUCUUGUGUAGGGGGAGGGGGGAGGAAUCGGAAAGGUGUCUGUGUUGUUGUUUUUUGCAGACGAGACGGCGCAGAGAUGGAGUCGUGUCCUCGGGUUGUGCCUAUGGCAGCUACAGAAUUUCAAGAAAAACAAAAUGGCCUUUUUUUCACCUGCAUGGCCUUCUCUCUCCCCCCACCCUGCAAAAAACAACCACCGUCUUGAGUUUGGACUACAAGGGGGGGCAAGUUGCUGAGAAUCCACUCCGCUGUUGGCUUUGUCAAGAAAGUCUAGCAAGCCCCUCUACAUUCAGUGUCUGGUUUUUAUUUUUAAGCCAUUCUUUCACUGAAAGAGUGGGCAGGAGGUAAAAAUAAAUAAAUGGCUUGCUCUUCUUUGUAAGCCUCAAUCUCUUUAUUGCUCCUCAGUACUGUGGAAUUAGCAACCAGUCUCUCUCCUUGACUUGAAGAGAUCAGUGCCCUCAGGUUGUGUUUUGUUCUGUGUUCUUUUUUACUUCCAUCGGGUUUUUGUUUUGUUUUUAAAGCGAAACUUCAGCGGAUGACAUUUUGGGGUUCGGUGCAGGGGAGAGUGGGAUUAACCAAUCGGUUAUAAGAUCCUUUGACUUCCUUUUCCGGCUACUACAAACACGGGCUUUUAAGAUGCCAUCGGAGCUCUUCUUUCUCUGCCUCUGAAACCAAAUAAAAUCCUUGUAAUUGUGUAUAUUACUGGUUCUUUUUUUAAAAAAAAAAUCUUAUUUAUCACUUGUGUGUUUCUAGUCCGUAUUUAUUUGGAAGGGCUCGGAUUUAUUUGCCUUCUGAGAUUAUUGGGAAGGGCUAACGAUAAAGGCUGGGGAAUGCAUGCCCCUCCAACACUUCCACGGGGUUUUUGUUCUGCUAUCAGUAACUGAGAGCAAGGCUGAAAAAAACAAAAACCAGCACCCUAUCUAUCUAUCUCUCUCUCUCCCUCUCUGCUGGGGCUCAAAUGUAAAUUCUUAGUUCUUAAUUGUGUUUCUCGGAAAAGAGGAAAAUAAGUUUGCGGCUGAGCAGCUUGUUUCCUUUCUCGGUCUCGUUUCCAAAGGCUUUUGGAAAGUUUGCUGCUCAGGUUGGCAGGCCUCUGGAGUUUCUACUGUCCCCUCUUGUCGCAAGCACACAGUAGCACAUCAUUGUUGAUCGAUGAAGUGAGAAUGUACAGGUGAUUUUUUUUUUUCCAAAAUAAAAGCUAAAACCUCAACAAUGAACC